AUGAUUCUGAUGAGCUUCUCGGCUGAGCAAAACGCCUGUGUUGAUCAGCGGGAAGAGAUCAGCCAGAUCUUCGAUCUUUCCACUCGUUAUCGAGAGCGAAGCAACGUUGAAUUCAGUCGUUGUUCUAGACCAUGGAAAUCAGGUUGCUGA